GUGCGCGCACUUGGCAUGGCAUCCGUCAAGCGAAGCUGCUGAUUUUUUUUUUCUUUGGCUCUUAAAAUAUUCUCACGAUUUUUUUUUUUUAACUCCCUGAAAUUUGUUUCCAAUUCAAGGGACGCACGAUUUCAGUGGCACUUUUUAGGAGGCUUUUUUACUUCGCCAGAUCCAAAUCGUUUGAAAAGAACUUGAGUCGCGUCGCGUUCACACAUCUUCGCGGAUCUUCCGUCCUCGUUCGUUCUUCGCCGCUUGCCGGAAAAGAAAAACACAAAGCUCUGUUUUUGGAUCGAUUUGCUUUUCUGGGUUGCUUUGUGAGAGAGAGGCAGAAAUGUUCAGAUCAUCGCCGAGAAGAGGACAGAGGUCGAAGGGCUUCAAGGUGAAGCAUUGCGUUCAGCUAUGCGUGUUACUGGGCGUUGGGAUAUGGCUGCUUUACCAAGUGAAGCAUUCUCACGAGAAGAAAGCUCAGUUCGAGAAGGAGAGUGCGAAUGUCGGUGUGAAGUUCGGGAGGAAAGAUCUCAACCCGAAGGUCGAGGAGACUCCGGUGAAAUAUGAACCAGAGGAUGAUACUGAUAAUGGAGGAGAUACGCGUACUUAUACUGUUGAAAAGGAGAAUGAGAAUGUCGAUGAGAAUGCAGAGCGGGAGGAGGAUGGAGGCGAGGAGAAGGAGAAGGAAAGUGAAGGAACCGAGAGCAAAGAGGAUGGAAACAGUGAAGAGAGGGAGGAGAGGAAAGAGAAUGAGGGUAUGGAAGAGGAGAACGAGGUGAAGGACGAAAGUGACGGGUCAGGAGAUAAAGAGAAGGAGACAGAGGAGAAUGAGGGUGGAGGAGGUGAGACGAGCAGCGAGGAAGCGAGAGAGAAGAAUUACAAAGGAGAUGAUGCAUCGAGCGAGGUAGUCCAUGAAACACAUGAGAAUGAGCAGCCGGGAGAGAAGAGGGAAAAGGCCGAAAACGAGGAAGAAAGCAAAUCUAACAGCAAUGAGAAUGUCAGUUUCCAAGAAGAUGAGUCGGGUCCAAAGACUGAGGAAGUGGAAGACGCCAUUAUAAAGACUGUUGCUUCGAACACAACAGAGAGUGGCAGUGAUGAUGGUAACCAACAAGAGACGAACAAUGAGACGGGUGAGAAGUCAGAAGCUGAAAACACUGACCCGUCUUCCUCUGAUGAAACGAAAACAGAGAGCCAGAGCGACUCUAAAGAGGGUGAAUCUGUCACGCAGAAUGUGGUGUUGGCAAAGGGUUUUUCUGAUUCUAAUGGCGAGUUGCCUGAAACAAACCAGUCACAAUCCAAUGCAACAGAGACCACAGAAUCUGGUGGAAACAACGGGUCGGAAUCUGGUGAGAAGACCGAUAACUCCACCAACAGCACUGACGAGAGUGGUAAAUCUGCAGGCAAUUCUGGUGAUGAGAAUCCUGAAGAAAUAAAAAAAGAAGAUGAAAAGGAGAAAGUAGAGUCAACAGAGCUAUCAUCAGAGGAAAAUGGGAAGAAAGAAGAUGGGACGAAGGAAAAGGAAGAGUCUUCAGACUCACAGGCAAAUGAAAACACUGAGAGUGAGAAAAAGGAACAGGAAGAAUCUUCCAAUUCUUCAAACGAUCAAGAGAACAAUAACAAUACACCAUCCGAGGAAAAUGGUAAAACUGAGAGUGAGCCCAGCAACGAAGAUGGCAGUUCAGGCUCAGAUUCUACCCAAAAGGAAUCGGAGGAGGAAUCCGCAGAAUCCACGAAAACAGAACCACGGAAAGAGGAAAGCAACAACGGAGAUUCAAGCCAAAAGGAAUCGGAGGAUACAACGGAAUCAGAGAAAGAAGAAAGCAAGAAGGAUGAUGAGACAGAAGUAGAAGUGACGCAGAACGAUCACGAUGAACACACGGAUUCCUCUUCAGACAACAGUCUCCCUCAAGAAGUGAAGGAAGUCCGGACUGAUCUGGAAACCCUGCCUGACACCGGAGGGAACAACGACAACAUUGCUGCCGAGUGAGGGUUCGCAUGCCUUAUUAAAUUCAUGCUCGUCAUUUGGGCCGUUUUCAAGAAUUGAGAUUUCUUCCUUUUCUCAUCAUAUCUGUAGUUGUACCCUUUACAAAUUUAUAUAUUUGAUGGGUUUUUGUCAAACUUGAGACCAAAGUACGAGUUUUUUUUAAUAAUCAAACUUGGAUGAUCUUGAGAGAA